AUGAAUUCCUAUUUCACUAACCCGUCCUUAUCGUGCCAUCUCGCCGGGGGUCAAGACGUUCUCCCCAACGUCGCCCUCAAUUCCACCGCCUAUGAUCCAGUGAGACAUUUCUCGACCUAUGGAGCGGCGGUGGCACAGAACCGGAUCUACUCGUCUCCCUUUUAUUCGCCACAAGAGAAUGUCGUGUUCAGUUCGAGCCGGGGGCCGUAUGACUAUGGAUCUAAUUCCUUUUACCAGGAAAAAGACAUGCUCUCAAAUUGCAGGCAGAACACCUUAGCACACAACACACAGACCUCAAUGGCCCAGGACUUUAGCUCUGAGCAAAGCAGGACUGCUCCCCAAGACCAGAAAACCAGUAUCCAGAUCUACCCCUGGAUGCAGCGAAUGAAUUCGCACAGUGGGGUCGGCUAUGGGGCGGACAGGAGACGCGGCCGGCAGAUCUACUCUCGAUACCAGACCUUGGAGCUGGAAAAAGAAUUUCACUUCAACCGUUACCUAACCCGGCGCCGGCGGAUCGAGAUCGCCAAUGCGCUCUGCCUGACCGAGAGACAGAUCAAAAUUUGGUUCCAGAAUCGCCGGAUGAAAUGGAAAAAGGAAUCUAAUCUCACUUCCACGCUGUCGGGGGGCGGCGGAGGGGCCGCGGCCGACAGCCUAGGCGGCAAGGAGGAGAAGCGGGAAGAGACAGAAGAAGAAAAACAGAAAGAGUGA